AUGCUAAUAAAAAAAAUAAAAAAUAAAAGAAUAACAGUUACUACUAAAGAAAAUUUAACUAUAGAAGGGGAUGUUACUAAAAUAGAUAAACAAAGCAAUAUAUUACUAAAGAAUGUUAAAAUUAGAGAGGAUGUUUUACCACAAAUAUCAAUAAAAGGAAGUGAUAUCUGUUACAUAAUAUAUUAA